AUGAAGGAAAAGUAUGACAAAACUACCGUAACACGAAGUUUUCAAACCGGCGACAAAGUACUUGCCUUUCUUCCGGUCCCUGGAACACCCUUGUAUGCUAGGUAUUUUGGCCCCUACCUCGUAGAAAAGAAAGAGAAUGAUUUAAAUUAUGUAAUAGUCACGCCCGAUAGACGCAAGAAUAAACAGCUUUGCCAUGUAAAUAUGUUAAAGCCUUAUCACGAAAGAAAGAAAGUGAUUAAUGCAGUUAGUUCAGGUAGUAAUGAUAAUCAUACAGCUGAAGAGCUGGAACUUUUUAACUUAUCUGAAACAACUAAACUGAGCAACUCUGACAUUCUUCGGCAAAUGGAUUACAAACUGACGCACCUUGAGCAAAGUCAACAAGAUGAUGUACAAGAACUUGUGCGAGAGUAUUCUGAUUUAUUUCCUGACGUACCAACUCGGACGACUAUGAUCUCACACGACGUAGAUGUUGGUGAUGCAGUACCAGUUAAACAACACCCAUAUCACUUAAACCCCUCCAAACAAGAAUCCCUGAACAACGAAGUACGAUAUCUUCUCGAGAACGACUUGAUAGAGCCUAGUCAGAGCAGCUGGAGUUCACCCUGCAUUCUAGUUCCGAAGCCCGACGGAAGUUAUCGCAUGUGUACAGAUUAUUGA